CUCGUCCUCCUCCGCAGUUUAAACCGAGCCACCGAAGUGGACGCAUAGCAACGAUGAAACUCGUGAUAUUUUUAUUCGUUGCCAUGGCAACGGUUGCCAACACCCUCCCACAAAACUGGCCUUAUCGGGACAACAUGGAGUACUAUGGGUAUCAAAAUAAUAAUAGGGGCAAUUUCUACAGGGCCAGUAAUUUGGGGGGAGGAAGUUCCGAAGAUGAUGAAGUCGAGGUCAACGUCGGAAAUAAUAAAGCCAGGCAGGAUCUGAAGGUUGCCGGAGGUCAAUCACCAUCCGACGGAGCAUCACCCGUCGUCGUCGUGGAAACCGGUUCUGCCAAACCAGUUACGGACCAAGUGAAUACUAAAGCGGCCACUCAACCGAAAUCGCCUUCUGCGAAUCCCGUCCCUGCUAAUCCGGCUGCCACGGAUGCCAAUAAACCUCCGCAGCCUGCCUUCCCCCCUGCGUCCCCCCCAGCGACGACCCCCACCCCGGAGGACUCUGAAGAAGAUUCAGAAGAAGAAGAAGGCGACGAGGAAGAAGAAGACGACGAGGACGACGAUUCCGACAACCGCCGAAGGAACGACCCCAUCGUGAAUGACGUCACCAACGUUACGAACACUGAAACUACCAUCAAGAAAACGCAGCAAAACGUUCCGAACAACGUGCAAACCGUGGAAGCCUUAGUUCCCGGCUACGUCACUGAACAGGGCGAGGUUUUAGUCCCUUUUGACACCGUUGUCAAGGAGGGUGGCGGGGUGGUUGCGGUUGUUGAGGAUCCAAACUACACGAAAAACGCCCCGCCCGUGGUCAUCCUUCCCUCAGACGAUUCCGACACGGUGAACGAAGUGGAGCGUCCCGUGCCCAAGUUUUUCAACCCGAUCGGGGAGAAGCAGCUUUACUACUCGGAAGUCCCUCCACCGGGCAGCAUCUUCACUUUCGACGAUGACAACCAGGUGGACGAGGGGGUCAGGGGCGUUGCCAGACAGGGGGAAACCUCCUCGGAAGAAACCCUUGCCGACGACGACACCUCCUCAGCCCAAGACGACGCCUCCGAAUCCGACGAAUCCACCUCCCCCCCACGCCCCCCUUUGUCCUUCGUCAAGGCGACGGCCCCCUCCGGCGAGGACGAUGAAGCAGAAUCGCUCGGAAUCCGCAUCGCUCGAAUGUCCCCCGACUACGACCCUCGAUUCAACGAUUUUUAUGCUUCAAGAUCACCAAAUUAUUUCUAUGCUGGAAAUGGUUACUAUGUGACGAGGUAUCCUAGCAACAAUAAUAGGCGUCUUGGUUACUAUGGCAACAACAGGAGGUAUCAACCCGUGGCGGAGCGUUACCAUGGUUACGGACAGGAUUAUUAUCAGGAAACUGGGCCCGAGCCGAUUUAUUAUUAUCGACCGGCGAGUAAUGAAAAGGUGAAGGUUAUUCCUCUGGCGAGCUUUGACGUUUCCAUGGAAGAGAGGGAGUCAGGGGAGGUCAGGCCCGUCGUUAGCCCCUUCCGCUACCGCCCCUCGGCUAGCCCAAUCCAACACUCCCGCCCCCAACCCCACCCCCUUUAUCGUCGUCGCCCCCAGCAACCACCUACCCGCCCCCUAGCAACCCAAAACCGAAUAAUAAUCCGCCGUGGUGACAAACCCUCCAACGUGGUCGCUGUUUACGACGUCCAGGGCGGCACCCCCGUAACCAGGCAACGAAUCAAUAAACAAAGGAGAGAAGCCAAGGAAUUGAAGAAAAAUAAGAAAAACGUCAAGAAAAUCACGGUGGAUCCUUUGGGGUUGUACUCCCACGGGGGGAAGAAAACCCACGGGGGGAAGGUCAAAAGGGGACUUUAUGAGUUUGGGGGGAUGAAGGAGAUGAAACAAAAAACGACGAGGGAGUGAGGGGAGGAGAUUUGAUGAGGGGUUUUUAGUUUAUGUAAUUUUAAUGUUUUAAUGAAUAAAUGACUUUGAGGGGUUUGAAU